AUGAAGCCAGCAGUCGAAGAAACUGCACAACCUGUUCUAAUGAGCUACAGUGACGCAGACUACGCAGCCGACAAGGCAGACAGAAAGGUAUUGACCGGUAGCGCUAUCAAGCUAAAUGGAAUAAUAAUCAGCUGGUACUCGAAAAAGCAAGGAGGUGUGGCGCUCUCGACAAUGGAGUCGGAAUUUGUGGCAGCGUCUGAGGCUAGACGAGAGCUACUUGAAGUGAUAGAGACGCUGAGUGUAAUUGGUGAGUCGCCUGCACUACCGAUGAAAAUGCUCAUCGACAACCAGGCAGCGAUACGGCAGAUUGAAGGAGAAGCGUCGUCUACUAAAGCCAAGCACAUUGAUGUGAGAGUCAAGCACUUGUGCGACUACGCUCGUCGAGGCAUUGUGGUGCCACAAUAUGUGCCGAGCAACCUGAUGCUUGCGGACGUACUAACCAAAGCACUUAAUGCAGUCAAGACGGUCAAGUUGCGAUCACUGCUACACAUCGUGUAA